GGUUUUUGGUGGACGUCAAUCAAACACUUUCGACGGACUCACGGGCUAGCAAAUAUGGCGGACGGAUGUUUCUCUAACUCAUUUUACAACUAGAUCUAAGGAAAAAUGGUUAAAUCAUUUGAUAAUGCCCUUAGGUGGAGAGUAAUUUUCCUCAGGGAGAAAGGUUUCACCUUCGAUGAAAUUGCAGAGACACUGAGCGUCAGCAAGCGGUUUGUUUAUAAGAUCACUCGUUUGUAUAGAAAUACUCGUGGUGUAAACGAUACAAGAAAACGGAAGUCGAAGGCUCGCCUCAUAAAUGCUAACGAUUUACUGCUAAUCAGGCGCCUUAUUGAUGAGCACCCGGGACUUUACCUAGAUGAAAUACAAACUUGGCUUGAGCAUUUUACAGGCUGCACAUUCUCUGUUCCUUCCCUUGAUAGAUGUUUGAAGAGGAUGGGGUUGUCAGUGCAAAAGAUGCACAUCGUUGCUCGCCAAAGAAACGAGUUCGAACGUGCCACCUACCGAAGAUUUAUUUCGCAAUUCAAACCAAAUCAGCUACUACCAUAUUCACCAGAUUUGAACCCAAUAGAAGGAUGCUUUGGUACUGCAAAGAAAUGGAUGCUCAGGCACAGGCAUAUGGCAGAAAGAUACCCCAAAAGAUGUUUUGAAAUGGCACUGUUUAAUCUUUCCUCCGAAGUUUGCAGAAACUAUGUCCUUGACUGUGGAUACGUUUAGCGUGCAUAGAACUCAACAAGAAAUGUAAACUACCCUUUUAUAAUAUGUAUAAUAGGUUAAAAUGUAAGCAGUAUUGGCAGAUCCAAACAUUAACAUUUACAGUACUUGUAGAUGACCUCAAAUGUAAAGUAAAUCACACAAGCAUGUACAGUGAGAUGUGAGUUGCAUUACAUUCUAAUGACAUGCACUAAACUGAGGUUGCAGACGACCUGUUAAACCCACGAGCUUUCAAUCUGUAGAUCUCUGGUACCAGAGAGAUACAGUCCCCUCUGAUAUCCCAGUUGACAUGAGUAGUUGCCUUCCAAAUUGUGGAUGGAUAAAUGCUUCUAGCAUUGGGCCAUAAACGGAACUGUCAGAAAAUGUCUUGACAUACUUUGGUAACUGAAUUGACUCAAUGCAGGAGCGACAGUCCGCUUCAGUCAUCUGGGCCAGUGCUGUGAAAAUAUUGACAUCACAGUUAAUUAAUGUAAUACUAGUGCUCAUGUGAAAGGAACCUGUUCAUGUGACUGUGUCAUUCAUGCAACAACCUAUACCCCCCCCCUCACACACACACACACACACAAUUGUGGAAUUGCCCCCAAAACAUUUGGAAUUUCCAGAAAUAAAAAAGUAAAGAAAAUGA